AGCCGGUCUUCAUAUACGCAAUUCGAGAAGUCUUGACUUUAUAGGAAGGAUUUUUCAAUACAUUUUCAUCAUUAUCAAGAAUGUAUAUGAUUGAAAUGACAAGACACUUAGGUAUAAUAUUGUAUAUAGAUUACAUAUAUUAAAUUACACCAAGUAGGCAAGUAAAUCAACGGAAAACCAAAAUCAGAUAUCACAUAAGUUUGCAAUCCUUGUCAGGCCUGAGCAGAGCUCCCAUUCUCAGUCGAUCAGGUAUCUCGUACAGUGUCGGUGUUCAAAAAAGUAAUCCCUAUUUUUCAAUAACAAAAACUACAAAAAAAAAAAUGAAAAUUUUUCUUCCAAAACUUUUGUUAACUUUGUUGUUUUUCGUGCACGUGGUUCCCCUAAUCCUCGGGACCUACGAUCCAAUACUGAAUGACGAAUUCUUGGGAGACCUCAACUUCUACGGAGACGCAAUUGGAGGUGGUGGCGAUGGUGGCGAUGGUGGCGGUAGCUGCAGCGGAGGCGGGGGGCGGGGGCGGAGGCGGAGGCGGAGGCAACCCGGGAGGAUCAGGAUGUGAAAAUGACAUUGGGUCGGGCAUGGAUUUAGCCGGCAGUUGCUCGGGCAAAACUGAAAAAUGCGGCCUAAACCUCUCCGAUCCCAAGCAAAAGGCCUCGAGUAUUGCCCAGAAGGCGGCACAGGACGCCAAGGCCGCCAGCGAUGCCCAGAUGCCGGCAGCAGAGGCUGCCGCCAUGCAGGUGAAGAACGAACUGGCCGACAAGGCCACCCAAUCCGCUCGAGCGGCAGAGGCGGCUCUCGCGGGCAAGCAGCAGAUUGUGGAGCAGCUGCAGGUGGAGGCCAAAGAGGCCAAUGCGGUGAUCGUCGAGGUCAGCGCUUCCCUGGAGAACACCCAGGCCAAUGCCAAUGCGGCCGCAACGGCAGCCCGUGAGGCCCACACCCAGCUGGCCCACCUCAAGACUCUGGCCGAUAAGGUCUCCUGCAACUUGGCCAAUAUCAAGAAGGUGGCCCACGGGGCCCAGGCCCAGCUGGCCCAGCGCACGCAGCUACUGGAGGUGGCCAAGAUGCGUGUGGCCAAUGUCACCAAGCGCGUGGCCGAUGCCCAGGCCGACUUCGACAAGACCAAGGAGGCCGCCUCCAGGGCUGUCUGUGCCGCCAUGGAGGCCAAGCAGAAGGUGGAGCAGCCGUCGCAGUCGCGUGGCAGAAGGAUGGAUCAGAAGGGCGGCGGUGGCGGUCGCUACAAGAUGUCCAGAUACUAUUGAUGAGUGUCUUUAUUUUGGUGGCUCUAUUUUUAAAUUCUUUUCGGUGUUAUUGUUUCGUUUUCGGUUGAUAAAUUUGAGUUAUUGUAUUAUAUCGACAUCGAUAAGGGAUGGGAUGGAAUCCAUCAUUAUAAUCCCUGAAGCUGAGCUAAAGAAAGGCUAAAUAAUUGUUUAACAAUAUAAAAUCUUCCGGGAUUUAAUUAAAUAAUCGAUCAAGUUC